AUGCACCGCGAUCCGUCGACAACUUGCGCGACAAGACCAGAUACCACGGCACAGCCUCCAGAACAACAUCUCAAGCCCUCCAGCCCCGUCAAACGUUCCCUACCCCGCCAGCCCAUCCUACGCAACACGUACACAUACCUCAUUUUCAUAUACCUCAUGUUCACCCACCUCAUCAAGCCGUGGGGGCACCUUUCGGACAGUCCCCAUGCCAUCACGGGCACCAUGGCCACCACGGCUCACAAUUCCAUCAUGGCCACCAUUAUCCACACCUCCAUCAUGGCCAUUAUGGACACUUUGGAGGGUGCUAGCGAAAUACCCUGA